CAUAACAACUCUACUACAUUCAAACUGGUUUGGAUGCUCUGGAAGAGUCGAGAAGGAACUCUAACUCUACUUGAUCGACUGUUGGAAAUAGACCGAGCAAUGGAAAAUCCCAGGGAAGAGGAUAUUGCGCUUGUGAGAUACUGCAAAAAAUGCAACUGUAAUUAUGAUGGUCCUGCACGCACGCAUUGUGAGUUGGAUGAAAUGUUUCAGGUUUCUAUCUUACUAUCUUUGCAUAUAUCGUCUCUUUAUGACAUCUACACUAUUUCGUCUCAACAAAAGAAGAAAUCUGCUCUGAAUCAAUUCUUUUGGAAUUUGUCACGUGAAGACAAAAGUUCUAGUUUGUCUGCUGAACACAAAGAUGAUGGAAAGAAGAGGGAUGCGGGAGAGAAAGUGGCGGUUCGUUAUUGCAUUAUCGAUCUGCUUUGUCGAAGCUUAUUACGUCCUGGCUCUUUGGGAAUCCUUGAAAAAGAGAGAAUGUUGACAGCAAGAAAACAGCUUGAUCUUCUUGAGGCCCUGCGCAAGGAGUAUGCUGUAGCGAGAUCUUUAGCAAUUGCUCAGGCACAAGUUUUUCGUGCUCAUGAUGAACUAAUGAUGGCUACGUCAAGGUUACGCCUUAGAGAAAACGAGGAUGAUAAAUCUAUUGAUGCUUCAAGUUCAGAAGAGUUGGAUAUAGCUAGUGUUGAAAACUCUAGCAAAAAGUUUAUAGCGUUAGGUUCAUUGUCACGUAUAAAAGGGCAACUUCGCUACUUGAAGGAUUUGGUGCAAUCAAAUCAACACUCGAAAUCAGAAAUCCCGAUUACCUUGUCUGUAAGUGAAGCCACAUUGCCCUCGGCCAAUGGAAGAAGCAUAAUAAGAGUAGAUUCAGUAUCAUGCCCAGUUUGUCAAGAGAAGCUAGGUAGUCAGAAAAUG